AAUGUAUAGUACAUGCAAAAGAAGACGAAGCUCUAACGAAAUGUAUGAAGAGUGUCGGAAGGAAAUGAAGCAUGAUAUCUUAAAAUCGAAUUGGCUUGAGUAUAAAAGAUAUAUAAAAGAUGCGAAAAAAGCUGAUUUUAUCAGACCCGAAGCUCUGGUUAAUAUACUAAUUCCUUUCAAAGAUAUACGAACUACCUGUUCGAUUCUUAAGGAGAAGAUAAUCCAUUUCUCCGCUUGUCAAAAACAAUUUCAGCCGGUUAAUGACACAACUCUGGAGGUCAUUGAUUCGAUAGUAAAGGAAGUUCUAGAUAUUAUGGAGGAAUUGAUUAAGAUUAUAGAGAUAAAUGACUUAGAGUCAUCUGAUUUAUAUUCAACAGCCUGUUAUGAUUUUAGGACAAAUGUAAAAGACUUUAUUAACGAGUUGCUUAUAGUCAAGAAGAAUCCAAAUCCAAUUUUAUCUACUAGAGCAAAAGCGGAUAUUGAUAGCACGGAAAUUUGGCUACUGGGUUCGAAAUUCUUUUCACGUGUAAAUUACGAAGCAUUUAUCAUAGAACAAGAACGUCUUAUACAGGGUAAUUGGGAAAAUGGGAUAUAUUAUCAACUUGAAUGCAAACAAAAUCAUCCUGGAGCGGUUUCAGCUACCUUCAAUAUUAAGUUUGAAAGAGAUAGAAGAGGUCAAACUAACCAACAAAGAGAUAGAUCAAGAGAAAAUAACUUACCUGUUGCUGGAAAAGUUUAUUAUGUAUUAUAUAGGGCCAAUUUUUCUGAAAAAGAUUUAAUAUUUUGGGGAUUAAAUAAUUGUAUAGCGCUAUCAAGCCCAUUAGUUAUCAUUACACAAACAUCUCAGGAAGUUGAAGCAAAAGCUGCUCUGUUUUGGUGCAAAUAUUUCUCAGAAGCCAAGAUGGAUUUGAAAUUAAGAAUAAUCAAACCUCUUAUGAAAGUCGAAUGGUCAGUAUUCGCUAAUGCUCUAAAGCAAGAAUGGAAUAAACAUUUAAAAAUGUCACUGGCCGAUGAGCAUUUCAGUUAUUUAAAAGAGUUGUUUGAGUUAGAGGAUGAUGUUCUCACAAAGGGUUCAUUUGAAAAACACUUUUUAUCGAAAAACGCUAAAGGAGUAACUGUUUGGAGAUGGUGGCAAUGUUGUAUGAACUUGGCAAUUGAUGAAUUGCAAAACUAUUGGGAAAAGGGGAAAGUAUUUUCUGUGAUAAUUUAUGGAUUUGUGAGCAAAAGCAAAGCUGCUAAAAUUCUUAAUGAUCAAGAAACUGGUACAUUUCUACUAAGAUUCUCUGAAAAUACAAGCGAAAUAGCACAAUCUCAAAAGGCAUCUCCGACUGCCCAAUUAGCUCUCGCAGUUAAGAUAAAUACAAGUUGUAUUGUUAAUUGUUGUGGUGUCAUAAUUCAUCAAUUACGAUUGGAAGAUAUCCUAAAACCAGAUAAGAAGAAAAAUAGUCUCUCAUUACUGCUUAGAAAUUUAUAUUUUGAAAAUUCGCCUCUUGUAGCCAAUGGUUUUAUUUUACUACAUCCUAACGCGCGCCAAGAGUCUACUACCGUGCCAUUUCAUACAAUCUUCGAAGAUGUUCCAGAAGGGAUACAUGAUGAUGAACAAUCGGGAUAUACUUUGCAACCGGCUGCUUGUCAAAUAAAUUUAAAACAAGUCACUACAAAGCUUAAAAAAGUGGAGAUUGCUGAGCCUCUACUUCCAGAUUUUGGUCAUUUAUUCGAAGAUCUAAAUUGA